AUGAAACUAACAUCAAUUCCACCACCUGAUCUCGUGGUCAUCGAAUUUAAGAGUAUAGCAGCACUCCAACAAGAAGCAGAAGCCCUUCAUCGCAAGCUCAAUGAAGAUGGCGAGACUGGCAACCAAUAUCUCGUGGUGAAGAAAAUGCCCAGGGGUGCCUCAAUCCUCCUAGGCGUGUACCGCAAGAUGAUGGACAGCGUUACUUACAGAAUUAGCUGGGAAGGCGAAAAGGGACAGAUCAGAAUCAUCCCAUCGCCUGCUUAUGCCAUGAUUAUUAGAAGCUUGACUGACAAGAUCACCGACGCCCUUCUCGACAAAGGCGUUGAAAUUUUCGAAUUUGGGUGGGGGAGCACGACGGCUUAUCGUUCGUUAACCGGGCAUGGUGGGAAACAACCUGAUGAUUGUUUCUUGCCACCAACGAGACGAACAUUACCCGCAGAAGAAGUCAAGUGGCCGACUCUCGUCAUGGUAUCGGGAAUGAGUGAAUCCCAGGAAAAGGUGUUCGAGGAUGCCAGCUGGUGGUUCGAGAAUAGCUGUGGUCAAGUUCGCAUGGUGAUCACUCUUUUGAUCAACAGAGCAAAGAAAACUGUCGACUGGGAGAUGCGGCAGCUAGCAAAACCGGGCCAGUUACCCCCUGGGAGGUCCUAUUUCACAAAACCAUAUCUGGAUAUGCCCCCUUUGGCUUUGCAGCAUCCUGCUGAUCAGCAGCAGUACAUCUCGCAAAUGGGACAUAUCAGCCAGAAUCGAGAAAUUAAAAACAUGCGAAUGUACAUUCACUUCCGGGCUUUAUUUGAUCGUAAACCUGGGCCCCGGGAAACAGACAUCCAGCUGAGUGCGCAUGAUCUUAUCGACAUUGCUAAAUAUCUUUAG